AUGCAAGCUUGGUGAUAUUAGAGUAAAACGCGUAGAAUAUGGUCUACAUAGAGCAGGAUAUUGCAGGCUUUUGAAGCAAUAGCAUCCUCAUUUGCAAAUUAUGCAUAACAGUGCUUUGCAUGCGUAUUUAUAUCUCUUGAGCCUUUUUCUUUUUUGCCACGUUACUCCCACAAUUUGUUUUUCGUAGAAUUUUUAAUUGUGAAACGGAAAAAUAGAUGAUUUUGUUGGACUAGGUAGGUCUUUACCGGUCUGUCUUCGCGGAAUAGCUCAGACAAAGGCAGAUCGGUUAGAGAGGGACGGCAACUUUAAAUCUCUCCACAGGUCUAGGCUGUAGGUCUAGGCUUUGACUAGACCUUUAUGGAACAUGCAUAUGCUUUGAUGCAAACUGUCCCACUGAAGUUCUGGCUGUAUGUUUAGGGUUUAUGGUCCAGUCUGAAGAAGAGACUCCGCUCUGGCAUUUCAGAAGCUUUUGCAGCUUCUGAAGCGCCACCACGCUUUUAGUGUGUGAACCGGGGUGUUAAGGGUGCUAGUUUUUAAAUGGAUGUCGUUCCGUAGAGGUGUGGUCCGGCAGAGCAAGUUUCGCCACGUCUUCGCUCAGGCCUGGAAGGCCGAGCACUGCCUCGACGACGUCAGAGUGUCCCGGGUGACGUGGGACGGCCCCCUCUGCGCCGUCAACCCCAAGUUCAUCGCGGUCAUCAUCGAAGCGGGGGGAGGAGGCACCUUCCUCGUCGUUCCGAUCGGCAAGAGCGGCAGAAUCGACCAGUCCUGCCCCACGGUCUGCGGACACGCGGCGCCUGUGUUGGACAUCCAGUGGUGUCCCCAUGACGACAACAUCAUCGCAAGUGCCUCAGAGGACUGCACAGUGAAGGUGUGGCAGAUCCCCGAUGGCGGGCUGACCAGCCCGAUGACUGACCCGAUUGUGACCCUGGAGGGCCACAGUAAAAGAGUGGGAAUCCUGGCUUGGCACCCUUGUGCCUUCAACAUCCUACUGACUGCAGGCUGCGAUAACGUGGUUUUCGUGUGGAACGUGGGCACGGGCGAACUCGUGUACCAGCUCGCCGACGCCCACCCGGAUCUGAUCUACAGCGUCAGCUGGAAUAAGGACGGCAGCGCCGUGUGCACCGUGUGCAAGGACAAGGCCCUGCGCAUCAUCGACCCACGCCGCGGCGCUGUCCUGAAGGUCAGAGAAAAGGUCCAUGAUGGCACAAGGCCCAUGAGAGCCGUCUUCCUCGCCGAUGGGAAAAUAUUGACCACGGGCUUCAGCCGCAUGAGUGAGAGGCAGCUCGCUUUGUGGGACGCCAAAGAUCUCUCCGAGCCAAUGGCUGUACAAGAAAUGGACACAAGUAACGGAGUUCUCCUUCCCUUUUAUGACCCCGACACAAACAUGGUCUAUCUCUGUGGGAAGGGGGACUGCACCAUCCGGUACUUUGAAGUGACAGACGAGUCUCCCUACGUUCACUUCCUGAGUUUAUACAGCAGUAAGGAGCCUCAGAGAGGCGCGGGCUUUCUCUGUAAAAGAGGCGUGGAUGUCAACAAGUGUGAAAUUGCCAGGUUCUACAAGCUGCAUGAAAGGAAAGUGGAACCCAUUUCUAUGACUGUACCACGCAAAUCAGAUCUCUUCCAGGGAGACCUUUACCCAGACACUGCAGGCCUGGAGCCGGCUCUGCUGGCAGACGAAUGGAUCGCCGGACAGGACGCGGCGCCCCUGCUUGUCUCGCUGAGCGGAGGGUACGCGGCUCCUCCCUCCAAACACAGAGACACCCUCAGAAGCAAGCCCAAGCUAAGCUCUCAGGACUCCGGUGCCGGGGGCGCCGCCACGGCAGCAACCGCAGCGGCCGCUCCCACACCGACGCCUACCUCUGCCGCCAAGGAAGUGGAAGAAGAAACGCCGCAGCCACGGGCGACCGCGAGGGAGAUGGAUGGAAAUACCGAGAGGCCGAGGAGAGAGGAUGAAAUGUUGAGCGAACUGUUAGCGGAGAUGAAGGCCUUACGGGCGGUCGUGCUCGCUCAGAACCAGAGAAUCGAGCUGCUGGAGAGGCAGCUCACCCGGAUCGAAGACGGCGACGUGUGAGGAGGCGUAAAACUUACCGCACUCCCGAAGAAGUGAUAGACUGUAGCCUUACUAGUCUUAACAAUACCUUCUUAAUGCUUUGUGAGUGUAAAAAACUGUGUAAAGACUGUGAAUCACAGUGGCUUCCAGCUGCUGUGAUUAAGGCUGUACUUCCCAGAUGAUUUUUCUUUUUUUAGUAAAUACGGUGUCAUCUGCAUAGAGUGAAAUUUAUAGCAAAACUAAAGGAUCUUGUAGCAGUUAUUGGAUCUUGCAACUUUGAGCUUUUUUUAAAAAAUAAAGAAAUAAUGCUUUGAUUCUGCAAGACUAGAGGAGUUACAAUGAUAUGACUCCUUUAAAUUAACACAAAAGGUCGUAAUAGGCGUAAUGGGGAGCUCUGCUGACUCGGCCGAAGGUUGCCAAUUUAUAGCAAAGCAUCUUAAUUACCUCCAAUACGUGUGUUUUCCUGGCGGACAUUCAUAAAUGUCACCUCUAGGGCUUAUUAUUCAGGUAGUUUGAGGUGCAAAAGUGUUGAGUCGUGGCUCGACUUUUUACAUGACUUGGGCUUUGUUCUCCCUCUGUUUUCUAUAGUUUGCUCUGCUCAAAUGUACGAACCUAAAAUCUCAAUGUGCAAACAGUGAGAACCACAUGAGCGAUAGGCGGUGAGAAAGUUGUGGAGUAUUUACAUGUAGUUUCAUCCCGUGUUGUGGCAGUAAAGGAAACGGGUCGAGCGCUGGUGAUUUUGUGUGUUAAGAGCAGCGACUGUGUUUUAUAGGUCACUUUGAGGUUUAAGCGUUUGAUUGAAAUUACACAUACGCAUUGAUAGCAGUUUCAGUCAACAGGAAUUUAACAUGACACUAUUUUCCUUUUGGUUUCAGCAAAAUACGCAUCAAUAUGCAAAUAUGCGAGGCACUUUUAGUUCCGUUUCUUUCGUUUUAGUCGUACUUUUGUGAAUGUUCCUUAUUUAGAGGCAUUACUGUGUGUUUUACGUAGCAGUCAGUUGUAGGAUAACAGCGUUACAUUCCAGUUGAGCCCUUUAAUACUUUAAUUUUAAUUAUGCACUGACCUCCUAACACUGCUACGAACAACAGGUUCGGCCAGACAACGGUGUAACGAUCGACUCGACUCUGUUUCAUGUUUUGUACGAAAAAGCCUUUCGGUUUACGCUAAUGUUCCCUUCAUGGUCAAGUGUUUGUGAUCAGUUCUAGCUCUGAUUACCCUUGGAAAUACUGUGUUUGAGUGUGAUAAUUGUUAAAUAGAUGAUGAAUGGACUUUGUUUUUAACCCAACUUGUCAUUCUUAAUAAAAUAUCCCAUACAAUAUGUGUCUGGUUAAGAGAGUGCAAUAUUAUUCUUUAACUUGUUGCCUUGCUGCAGUUCAUUUCACCUUAAAGCCGACUGAGUGCAAAUAAACAGUAGCGUGUGCUGCUGUGAUAAAGGCAACUUUGAGAAGAUUUCCUGGAUUAAGUGGAAUGUUAUCUGCAUUGAAUGAAAUUUAUAGGGAAAAAAACUGAAAGAUCUUGGUUUUUUGCUACAAAUUUGAGGUUUUAAAGUCAAUGCUUUGAGUUUUUAGCAUCAUUUUGAACUGACACUGACAUCCAAAGUGUGUUAUUUUUCUUUCGCUGACAUCUGCUUCAUCUCUGUAGCGGUUAUUUGAUGGUGCUACUACUAGAAUUUUUCCAAACGAAUACUUGGAUUAUGCAUCGAUUAGAACAAAAAGGUAAACAAAAAUAACUUAGAAUUUGAUUGUUUGUGCUGUCUAGCACUCAUUAAAUUAUUUCCUCUCAUUUCCAGAAAUAAAUGUCACCACUAUUCUGGUAAUUUUAGCUCAUAGUUUCGUCGCUGACUAUUUGUGUAUUUUGUGUUUUGGUUUUUCUCUCCAUCUUUCUAAUAUGCUGCAUUCAAACUCAUGAGUGAACAUCUGUUGUUCACUCAUAAAUGAAUUUCCUUUAAAAAUCCAAUUUACCACUCUUAAUAAAAUGUCUGGUAAACCACAUUUAUUAAGAAUAGAGCAUUAAAAAAAAAAGUUUAGGUCCAAUUUGGUUGUAGAGAGUAAAAGUUUGUGAAAGUUCAGUGGAUCGAAAAGGGAAGUGAGCAAAGGCAAAAAAAAAAAAGUAAAUUCUGGUAUUUGAAAGCAAGUGUGUGUGUUCUGUUUUUUUUAAGUGGCUGGAAAGCAUUAUAAACAAAACUCUGUGGUCUGACAAGAUGAAAACUUAGUCAACUGUGCAAAAACACUGAAACAGUUUUCAAGUUCCUUCAUCCAAAGUUUUAAUAAAGAAAAGCUCUAGAGCUGACCUCAGAUUAAAGUAACCCUUUCUAGAAAUUAGUCCAUUUGAAAGCAUUUGACUAAAUGCUAAAGAAGCUAUGCCGUCUGUAAUUUUUAUGUAUGCUGUUGAACUAAGACGAAUUUUUACACGCGAACAACGCAGGAAAUAAUCAAAAACUAUGAAAGCCUCCGCAACCUUUGCAGCCCUAAAGUGCAAUUCUUUCAUGUUAAAAUAGCUUUUAAAAAAAAAUUUGUAGUGGCCUCAACAAAACUGUCCAAAUGUAAAUUUAGCUUUGUGUAAUAAUAUUUAACAGGUGUGUACAGUAUGCAGUUACAGUACAGAUUUGGUUGGAGACAUUGAUGCUAAGUGCAGACGACGUGUGAGCCGGCCAGCAGUGCAGAAACAGGAUGUGGCCAACUCGUUUCAGAAGCUCUGCACAAUGCUUAUGCUUUGCAUACACUUGUAGAAGGCUCCAGUUAUGCAGAUGCAAUAUUUUUAAGAAUUAAAUAAGACACCAACUCGAUCGCCGGUUCAUACAGAUUCAAGUUGCUCGGCUGGCACGUUUGUGCACAACAUCAGGGCUGAAUCGACGCUUGUUUCAUGAACUCUGUUCUCCAUUGUAGAGCUUCGUUGUUUGCCACAAAACCAGACUCAACAGGAUGUACACCGUUCAAUUUGAAAACCGUCAGUGAGUUUGCAAGUUUUUUUUUUGUUUUGUUUUUUUAAAUAUAUCUUCCAUGUCCUAAGGCAUUUAACUGCACCUGUUCUGUCAACUUGUACUGAUACAAGUCUGCCUUGAAAGAGAAAAAAAAUCACAAAAACAUGUUCCUCUUUCUAUAAAUAUUUGUGCAUUUUCAUAUCUGUGCCUUCCACCACACCUCGCUGCAAGUUUGCCUUUAAUCUGUGCUUGCACUCCCUCCCCCAGCCUCCACCCACCUCAAACAGUUUCAGCUAAACUUUUUUUUUUUCUCAUGUCAUGCAUCACUCCCCGCAGCUCUUCUUCUCUCCCUCUCAUCUGCAUGCAGUGACAUUAGUCAAACACACCCUUACUGACAUGUAAGCCAGUACCAGCCUCAUCGCCAGUCUUCGGGUCUUUGGCGCCACAAACAUUUGGUUUAUCUCUCCUGAGCGACUUUGGAAACCAGCAGCACUGAGAGAGAUCUGCUCAGCUUCCUGUCUUUCAAGUCAUUGCAGACGGCGCAAAGUGCGACAGAAAUAGACGUCUUGAGCUGCAGAUGUAAACAUACAGAUGGAUUGUCGGAUGAGAAGCUCCAGGUUCCGUUGAAACUACCCGGGUUUUUUUUUUUUGACUGUACACUUCAGCUGAAACAAAGGCACUUGAGAUUUUUUCACACUCAGCUGAAGGUUUAUCGCAAAGGAAAAUGCCCGACACUGUGGUGAUUCUUUCUCUCGUCCUGUUGGUCCUUGUUGUACUGCUGGUUUUCUUCUACAAGAAACUGAACAAGGAGGCAAAUAACCAAUACACAGUUCAGAACAUAAUAUACAAGGAAGGUGGGGUCAGGGACCGGGUGAGGGCCGCAGCACUGGCUGUGGAAACACGUCUCGGCGUCCAGGUGUGGCCUCGCGGACACGACGAAGAGGAAGAGAUGGAGGAAAUUCAGGACGAGGAGGGAGCAGUGGAUUCUGGAGACAGCCAGCACCAGAGUGACGGGAGCGGCACGGACGGAGAGGAUGAACAAGAGGAGGAUAGUGUGGACCACAGCGGUAGCACAAAGGAGAACGAAGGAGAUGACUCAGAUGUGGAGGGCUCAGAAGCAGGGGAGGAAGACAGGCUGAUAGACAAUAAACCAGAAGAGAAUGAGGAGGUGGGGGGUAACAGUGAGGAAAAGCAGGAGUUAAAAGUAGAAGGUAAAGCAGAAGCAAGUGGUGGUACUGGAUUGUUGAUAGACCUAAAGCAGUUCUCUGGGAGUGCUAUCUGGUCGGAGCAGAACGAAGAUGAGAGUCAGGGUGGUGAUGUGACUGCACUGUGAAAACGUGAGCAGAAUUUAUAAGGUGUAAAAAUGGGCUAUUUAUAAAGAAAAAGAUCACAAUUUCAAGUAAGCCAGAGUGGAAGUCAUACCAUUUGAAAAUAAAAAUCAAAUUUAGAAAACCGUGUCAGAACAGCUUCAGCCUCAUAAUGUUUUCUUUUUUUUUUUUUUAUCUUCAUGCCUUUAGUGUUGACACAUCAGGGGAAAACACAAUGGCUGAAUGAAG